GGUCGGCGGUGGCGGACGCGUCGAGCGGGGCCCGGGGGAAACCUGCGUUUCCCGGGCGGGACACCAGAAUAUUUCCAUCAUGGUGGGUGAAGAGAAACCUGUGAGAAACCGUCGGUUAAACUCCUCGACUUAUGAGACCCUUGAGAAAGAUGAAAACCAGAGAAGACCAGAGGAAGGACAAGUCACACAAACCCCAAAUAAUGGUCGACUUGACAUCCAGCAACUGAUAAGGAAGAAAAUACAGCUUACAGCAGAAGCAGAGCAAUUGAAGCCAGUUUUUAUGAAGGAAGUGGACAAUUACUUUGAUGAAUUUGUGACCAGUUUGAUUGAGAAAUCAACAUCCCUGGACUCCUGUAACCCCUCUUCCACAUCUUUCUCUACUCUCUCAGAGAGGAAAGACCAUCACAGAGUCAAAGAGCUGAGAGCACCUCCAGAACAUGGAAAGAUCUUUGUUUCAAGGAGAUCUCUCUUAGAUGAGCUAUUUGAAGUGGACCACAUCAGAACAAUUUAUCACAUGUUUAUUGCUAUCCUAAUCCUCUUCAUCCUCAGUACUCUGGUAGUGGAUUACAUUGAUGAGGGAAGGCUGGUGCUAGAGUUCAAUCUCUUGUCCUAUGCUUUUGGCAAGUUUCCCACUGUUAUUUGGGCAUGGUGGGCUAUGUUCCUGAGCACACUAACUGUUCCCUAUGUACUCUUUCAACAAUGGGCAAGAGGAUACCCCAAGUCCUCCUAUCCAGUGAUCUACUCCUUAUUCUAUGGACUGCUUUUCAUGCUUUUCCAGAUCAUAGGCUUGGGAUGUGGACCAACCUAUGUUGUCCUGGCAUACUCACUGCCUCCAGCCUCCCGGUUCAUCAUUAUCCUUGAACAGGUUCGAUUUGUGAUGAAGGCACAUUCGUUUGUCAGGGAAAAUGUGCCUCGGGUCCUGGCCUCCAUUAAAGAGAAAUCCAAUGUCCCAAUUCCCCAAUUGAACCAGUAUUUGUACUUCUUGUUUGCUCCUACCCUGAUCUACCGAGACAGUUAUCCCAGGACUGCUACAAUAAGAUGGAGCUAUGUAGCAACCAAAUUUGCACAGGUGUUCGGCUGUUUAUUUUACGUAUACUAUAUCUUUGAACGACUCUGUGCCCCCUUGUUUCGGAACAUCAAGCAAGAGCCCUUCAGUAUGAGAGUGUUGGUCCUCUGUGUCUUCAACUCCAUUUUACCAGGGGUACUGAUUUUUUUCCUGGCCUUUUUUGCCUUUCUGCACUGCUGGCUAAAUGCUUUUGCUGAGAUGUUACGCUUUGGUGACAGGAUGUUCUACAAGGACUGGUGGAAUUCCACAUCCUAUGCCAAUUACUACAGGACCUGGAAUGUUGUGGUACAUGACUGGCUAUAUUACUAUGCUUACCAGGACUUCUUGUGGUUUUUCAGUAAGAGGUUCAAAGCAGCUGCCAUGCUGUCCGUCUUUGCAGUUUCAGCUGUUGUUCAUGAGUACGCCCUGGCCCUCAGCUUGAACUUUUUCUAUCCAGUCCUCUUUGUACUCUUCAUGUUCUUUGGAAUGGCUUUCAACUUCCUUGUGAAUGACCAUCGGAAAAGGCCUAUUUGGAAUGUGAUGAUGUGGACUUCUAUCUUUCUUGGCCAAGGUGUCAUCCUUUGCUUUUAUUCUCAGGAGUGGUACGCGCGCCAGCAUUGCCCUUUGAAAAAUCCCACAUUUCUGGACUACAUAAGACCACGAUCCUGGACUUGCCGCUAUCAGUUUUAGAAGAUGAAACUUCGUAUCUGUGAAAAUCAGUUAUACUUUUUUGAUUAUUGGGUAGCAGCUGCUCUUUUUUUUAAGCUGUUUCAACUGAGUCAGUUCAAUUUACAUGGACUGCGAAAGACUUGAAAAGUGGCUUAUGCCAUUCAUUGAUAAAACUUUCUUGACCAUCACCUAAGGCUGAGCCCCUUGAAAUAUUGGUCAGCUGAGUAGGACUACUUCCCUUUUGGGGAUUAGUAACCGAAUUAGGACAGAUUGUGUCUGGGUCAAAUCUGCCUGAAGCUCGAAUGGCAUCCGUCCAAUUUUCUUGAACUCAUUCCAUCUCUGUAACUCUUUCAGGUUUAUCAGACUGAAAUUUUGUACAUUCUUUGAAGCUCUACUUUGCUGCUAGGGCACUAAUAUAACAAAAGCACCACAUUUUUGUGCCAUGGAAUUAGCCAAACACAUGAGGAGCUACUGUUACGACUUCUACAGUUCAGAAUUUCUUUCCAAUUAUAUUGUUGGGAUGUAAUGAUGGAUUAAAAUAGAAUUGGGGACAGGAAAUAGUUAUUAAUCAAGUGCUUUUUCAAUGGUGAUAGAGAAUUUUGAGUACUAGUUUGUAUUUAUAAAAUUGCACAAAUCUGGAUUACUAAUUCAAAAGGUAGCUUUCAGAGUUCUGACUGCUGAUUUCUUUGUAUUUUCUCAAAUUAUGUGGUGUUCUGUUCCUCAAAGUCAUUAUGAUCCAAAAAGAAGUUUGACUUUUCCCUGGAGUUCCUUUAGUUUAGUCCUUUUGUGCUCCUUGGAGGAGGAAGAAGAGAAGAUUAGCUUUCUCUUUGGGGUUUGUUUUUAAGUCCCAAAUUGUUUAUACUAAAAUUCAUUUUUUCAGAUACCAUGUUUGAAUUUUUUUUGAACUUCUAUAAAAAAAAGCAAUUUGAAACACAAAUCUUGACUUUGAAAUCCAGGUUUAAAUAGGUAUUUCAAGAUGAAUUUGAAUCUAGCAUUGAAAUCAGCCUCCAGCAAGGUUAUUUUGUUGCCUAAUAAUGAAUUCCUUCACCGUAAAAUAUUUUUCAGACUGUAAAUUAUCUUUAAAGGUGAUUAGAUUCUAAAGUUCCAGUAAGAUGAUCAAUGCAGAUUUCUUUUAGUUAUCACUGUAGUGGCGAUUCAGUUUGUGGAACAGCUUGACAUACCAAUCGUUUUCAGUAGAAUCCUUUGUAGUCUUAGAGGAUUCUAUUCUUUUAUGCAGUCAAAUAGACACCAUUAGGAAGAAAUGUGAAUUAUUCUUCAGAGUGCCGGCACAACAUUGGGUAUAAUCAAAGCUCUUGAUUAAUGACUAAAUUAGUAUUUCCAAAGAUGCAAGUAUCCCCUUGUUCUGAAUCUGUAGCAAGUUAGACUGGUAAGAAGAGGGAGUUCUGUAACCUGAAAGAAAGGUUGACCCUCAUGUUACUCUUAAUAAUUCACAUUUUGGAUCAAUUUCUGCGUUAACUAAGAUGUAGUACUUUUUCUUACUCCUAAAGUGACUAUUUUUUCCCCCAGUCUCGACUUUAGCAAUCACUGUAGGGAAAGGAAAUAGAUUAGUUCCAAAAUUAAUGAAAAUAGAACUUUUUCUCCUUUUGAGCCAUUCUAAAAAAAAUAUUCAAGACUGCAUUGAAUCUGAGGACUGACUAGCUAUUUUGCUUUUCUUAUUUUUCGUCACAGACAGAAUUCUUAGUCUUCCAAGUGGGGUCUACUGGAGCUUUGUGUUCAUUCUUAUUCCUGGAAUAUCAAUUAUUCCCUUUUCUAGCUGACCUAAUAUGGUGCUUCAACUUGGAGAAAUUUAGUUUUAGAACCAUGUAGGGGCUUUAUCUCCUGCUGCUGUCUCCCAUCACUGAACGAUCUGAUAUGAGAACUUGAGUUGAAUCCUGAGGCUGCACUGAAUGGGAGUUUGUAGAAGUUCUUGAGGGCUUCUGGGAUGAAGGUUUGUGCCAUUACCUCAUUGGGAAGUCCAGCAUUUAAAGUGAAAAGAUGUUUUGGUGGGUUUUUUCUUAGAGCUGAAAGGUUAAAAACUGAUUAGUAGUUGAAAUAUUAUUGAUAAAACCAUGACCCGGAUGACUUCAGAUGCAAGCAUGCAGAGGUCUUGUCUUUGAGAAUGGAGUCCAUAGCAAUUUUAAAAAAUUGAUUUCCCACAUAUAUUGGUGAACUUCUGGAUAUACCUUGAUUUUUCUAAUAGGACGUUAAGGAGACGUCAGUUGCUUAAGACCAUUUAAAUAUCUGGUAGAACCUUGUGCAGUUAAGUAUGGCCAAAAGAAACUUCAGAUUGAGCACGUGAGCAGUGUAGCAACACAGUGCCACAAAUAGCCUCUCCUAUGGGGAAAUAAAAUUUCACUUACAAUAAUUAUGUUUACCUGUGAAGGAUGAGCCUCUUACUGUUGUACAUGCUAUUUCUUGGAAUUUCAAUCAGCAAAAAGAGGAUAGGUCUUACAUAUCUUAGAAUUCCGUCCAGGGAUAUACCAGCUGUUCCUAAAUUACUAAAGAUCUUAACUAGUCUGUGAGUCCCAGUUUCUUGCUUAGGUGCAACAACAGUCACAAGUGUUUGUCAUCAGAAAAAGAUGUUCGAGAUCUUAAACAAGAAAAUACUGUAGAUGCACCAGGGAACACUCAGCAUGAGCUUGCAAGAUGUUAGAAAAACAAGUCAAGCAUGUUAAACCUGGGUGGUUCAAUAAUAUACAUUCUCAAAGCCGAUUUAACCAAGUUGUGGGAAUGUUUUAAAUACCUUGCCCUUGACUUGUAAGAGAGUUGCUAUUCUUGGGAAAUCUCAUAUUUUAUUUUUGGUGAACUUGCAGGACUAAACAUGCUCCCUUGCAACAGAAUUUUCAAGGGCAGCAUUGUUGAAGGUAACUCAUGGGGUAAAGUUACUCUCAGGUACCUGCUUUGAUACUUGGAAGAGCUGCAGAGUUGAACUUAGGUAUAGUCCUAGAUGAGGUAGCAAGAAAAAUUGGGCUCACAGGGACUAGCAGGAUAUUUCCUUGUUAGAUGUGAUUGUUUCCACCGAUAGGUAAAAGGAUAUCUCAGGAACUGUUUACCCUUCUCUUGCUAUUGAUUUCAGUCCCUACUGUCUUAAGUGUUGAAAAAUGUUUGUUUUUUUUUUCUUUUUUCACAUCUAGGACAGAUAAAUGAUGUUAAAA